CACCAUUUCAAUGCUGGUAGUGGGGGCUUUCUGUAUAUAAAUUGAGGUUGCGGUAGAGAUAGUAAUUAUCAUGAGACUCCAUAGCCUCGAGCCAACUAUUCUGAACGUAAUUAUCGUUUUUCUCAACAAUAUCGCGUCGCGACGUAUCGUUGAAAAAUGGAACAUAACAAGUCGAUGUUCGAAGUGAUCGAAGUCGUAUUACGCGACUCGGGUGCUCUCCUGCGAAAAAAUUUGGGCAACGGUUCGAUCGUCGAUCAUUUGACCACUACGAAUCUCGUAUCUCCCGGCGACAAUUACGGAAGUACGUUGCUCAAAGUCGACGCUGUCGUUCGACGCUACGGAGUGAAUUCGGAAGCGGAGAAAAUUUCACUCGUCGCAAAAAUGCAACCACCCACGUUGAUGCAGAGAGAAAUUUUCGACAGUCCCCGUUCGUUUCGCAAGGAGAUAUACAUGUUGGAAAAAAUCGCACCCACGUACAGAGCCAUCGAAAUCGAGUGCGGUGUCAGGGAAUCCGAGGCCUUCGCGGGACUUCCGGAACUCUUCGGGUCCAGAUUGUCGCUCCGGGAAGACGCGGACGACCAAACGUUCGACGACGACGCGGUCAUCCUGAUGGAAAAUCUCAAGGCGAAAAAUUAUCACUGCUGCGAAAGGCUCGUAGGCUUGGACCUCGCACACGCCAAAUUGGCGCUCGAGGAACUCGCUCGAUUUCACGCCUUGGGGAUCGCCGCGAAGUUCAGGAAGCCGGUAUUUUUCGAUGAAAUGAAGGAACGCGCCAAAUCCCUGAUUGUCGCCAAAGAAAACGUCGAACCGAUCCGUCGAUUUUUGAUCGAGACUCUGAAGGGAUCCUCCGAUCUCCACCCCUAUUUGGACAGAAUAGAAGAGGCGCUGAACCGACUUGUGAUGAACGUCGAGGUCGAACAUGUUCCGGACGAACCGUGGGCCACGAUAUGCCACAACGAUCUGUGGACGAACAACGUUAUGUUCAGGAAGGACGCGAGUGGUGCGAAUCCGGAGGAUGUGAAAUUCGUCGACUUCCAGACCUACGUUUACGCGAAUCCGCUGCGUGACGUUGUGUUUUUUUUAUUUACGAGUUGCGCACCGGAAAUAUGUGCAGCAAAUUUUGACGAUCUGUUGGAAUCGUGGCGCGGAAAAUUUCUGUCGCACCUCGAACGGCUCGGAUGCGACGUGAUAUUGUUCGACGGGGAUUCCUUCGUCGAGCGAGUCAACGCCGCGGCGGCCAUCGAGUACUUUCAUUGCUUGAUGAUGACCAGAAUCAUAUCCGCUGAUCCCAAAACGGAAUGCGGCCGAAAUUCCCCCGAGUUACUCUUUCAACCUGCGUCGUGUCCGCAAUCGUGCCGCGACAGAUUGGCCGAUAUCACGUCGCAGUUUUUACGAAAUAACUGGAUCUGAGCGGAGUUAAAUUUGAUUAAUGGUCGGGGGACGGAUUCCGGUCAUCGCUGCAAUCGAAGCCGAACGCACCGACUUCCAUUGAAAUUUAAUUUCAUCGUCACUACGCGCUCGUACGGACAAAAGUUACGAAAAAUGAUUUUUACAAACGAUUUCUCGGCAUAAAACGAUCUGAAAAAAUUUCUCGAUCAAGAAAAUUAACGUACCACGUCCCACGUCCAUCCCACAUUGACAGACGGGCAUGCCUAAUACGAAUUGUAUCCGCAAGAGCGAACGCAUUCACGAAACAUGUCAAUUACAUCGUGACUGACUCUCGGCGGGUGUUGUAUAGACGCUCGUGUAUGCGAAGGACGCCACGGGUUCCUCGGGCGAGGGACACCAUCGGGAAGGGGGGGAGGGGGGGAGGGGAGGCAAAGCGGACGGACCGGGAUGUCCCCCAAGGCAGGAAAUGAUUUGAUUUUCGUCAUUUUUAUCAUUGAACGCAUCCGAAAUCAAAUAGCUCACCCUUCACGGCGUAGUGGAGAGACUGCGGGGGUUUUUUUUUUUUUUUUCCUUUUUUUUUAUUUCACAGGAAACGGAAGUGCUACGGUUACCCAUAUAUAUCUGUAUACGUGUGCGUGCGUACGUACGUACAUGUACGCGUACACCUAUAUAUGUAUACAACGAUGAACUAUAAACGGCAUCGCGGAGAAUCGAAUUACCGGCAAGGGGGUAUUCGUUCAAUGCAAAGGAAGAAUCGGCUUUACGAUUCGUCUGAUUGUACCGAGUUACGUUUCAAUCGGAUCAUUCGUUACAAUGGAAUUAAUUAUUUCGAUCAAAUGUACGCGAGUUUCGUCACGCGUGUGUGUACACGGAUGUUGCGAAUCCCGAUCUUCCGUUUGUACACGCUCGCGUUGACGGGCGUCGGAAUUUAACAUUUGGUCCGACGAAGGUGAGGAAAAUAUUCGCAACGACGAAACCGCGGAUCGUUUAGCGACGGUGAGGAAACUCCGAUCGACGACGGAGGGGGGCAAAAGAACCGACGAAAAAAAUUGAAACAUCCGUUAAUAACGCUCAUUUAACGCGUAGUAACGUGCGGAAAAUAUUUAUGAUACAGCCGAACGGGCAACGGUGACGGACCCCCGCGUUUGACCCCUGAAACUCGCGGUCUCUUCCACCCUUCCACCCUUUAGUCAUUUCACCGGCGUCGGGUAUAGGUGUCUAGAUACACUCGGGGUUUGUUUGUUUUUUUUUUUUUUUUUUCUUUUUAUUUCUUCCUUUUCGUCGAACACGUGGCGCCGCUAUCUGCACCCCGCACGCCCCAGGACACCCUGGAAUACGUGAGUCCGAAUGCGUUUUACCCCGUAAACGAGUCUAGAUGCCUCCGUACGAUAAGAAACGAUCCAUUCGCGUAUAAUGUAGAAACGGGGCACUCGAUGCGGCUGCAGUAGGCUGGAUUGUGAUCCGUAAGUUGCAUAGGGGGGGCGGGGGGCGGCGUCGAAACCCUCCGGGCAAACGCUCGUUUAUUAGGAUUUCACGCCUGUGAUCUCGUUACGUUAGUUUCAAGGCGUCGCCUCGGUCCUGUCGGAGCGGCGAAAAUUUUGCGGCUGUGGGAAAAUCGUAGCCGCCGCGACCGAUUCGAUCGUAAUGAAAUUUUCGAGAGUGAUGACCGUUCUACGGAUUCUCGUUUCGUUCUGAGAAAAAUUUCAGCGUUUUGAGCAUUUCCAUCGGCACGACCCCGUAAUCAAAAACCCUCUAAUUUCUUUACAAUGGCAUUCGAUCCCUGCGAAAUGGAUAAGAGGGAAAAACUCCGAGAAGAGCCCUUAAAAUAUCGCAGCGGAUACAAUGGCGACGGCCGUACUUCGUUUACCGUCGUUGUUACACGGUCCCCCUCGAAAUGCGCUCGAUGUUGCAUACGCGGCCUUCAAAAAAAAAUCCCCGCGUGUGUCAGCGCGUGUGCGACGCGACGGUGUCACUUGCAUAAUUACGGUUUGGAUGGAUGGACCACUUUCGGAGCGUCACCGCGACGUUGGGGUGGACGGAAUUUUGCGUCGUUGCGACCCCCCCCCCCGGCGGUGUGCGAAGGCCAUCGAAAACCGUACCGAACACCGACGAGUGCGAUUGUCCGCUCCGGGGAGGAAACCGGACCGUCGUCGAAUAGGGGGAAAAAAAAAAAAAAAUUAUCCCCCACCGAUUGCGAAAUCGUGAUCAACGCCACCGGGAAUCGGAUGCGAAAUGAUUCUGUUGCCCGUUUGUAUCCGAUCUGCAGCUAUCCCGCAGUCUUCUCUUUUUUAAUCCACUCUCAUACGCUUUCGUCGUUCCAAAUGACGAUGGAAUUCCGCGAGAGAUGGAUUUUUUUUUUUUUCUUUUUUCUAUUUUUUCCCCUCCGACCAACCGAAUUUCCAGAGGUCCGAAAUUAAUCCCAGUAAUCGAGGGUUUUGCUCACUUCGCCAAAUAUAAGGACGAAAUUAUCGCGUCGAGGGGUAGGGUAGGGUGGGUAGGGUAGGUAGGUAGGUAGGUACGACGACGAUGAUCGGUCAGGGAGAGAGAGAGGGGGGGGGGGGGGGUUAAUCUGAUUAUAUAAGUACGUCAUGGGAAAGUCACCGCUACAGAGGACACGUUUAUUUUAUGUCCUCCCCAUUGUGUCUACUUUGAUUGUGUAUAGGUGGGUAUAUAAUAUUAUAUCUAGCGUGUAUAAUGUCCCCUACAUUGAAUACAGCGGGACGGACGGACCCCCAGAACGCGUCGGCAAUAAAGCGAACUUAGGGCGAAGCGAUCCCAGAAUUUCGAUUCAAA